AAAGUUCUUAUAAUAUUUUGGUAUCCUAUAAUAAGAAAUAUCUAGGCUUGCUGAACCCAAACCAUUCAGAUUUCAGAAAGCUCUUGUUCCCGAGACGUAAACUACAAAAGAUGGAAAAUGGUAGUAGCAACAAGGCGUUGAAGCCGAUGGACUCGGAGCAACUGAGAGAGUACGGACAUCGAAUGGUCGAUUUCAUUGCCGAUUAUUACAAAACCAUCGAGACUUUCCCUGUCCUUAGCCAAGUUCAGCCUGGUUAUCUUCAUAAUCUUUUGCCUGAUUCAGCACCAGACCAACCUGAAACCCUGGAACAAGUUCUUGACGAUGUGAAGGAGAAGAUAUUGCCUGGAGUAACGCACUGGCAAAGCCCUAGUUUCUUUGCUUAUUACCCUGCUAACAGCAGCGUUGCAGGGUUCUUGGGUGAGAUGUUGAGUGCUGCUCUCAAUAUUGUUGGUUUUAGUUGGGUAUCUUCUCCAGCUGCCACUGAGCUCGAGAUGAUCGUUCUUGAUUGGUUUGCCAAACUUCUCAACCUGCCAGAGCAGUUUCUAUCCAGAGGGAAUGGUGGUGGAGUCAUCCAAGGGACAGCUAGUGAAGCUAUUCUUGUUGUUAUGAUUGCUGCCCGCGACAAGGUCUUAAGAAGCCUUGGCAAGAAGGCGCUUGAGAAGCUCGUUGUCUACUCCUCUGACCAGACACAUUCUUCUUUACUGAAAGCUUGCCAGAUAGCUGGAAUACAUCUAGAGAACUGCAGAAUGCUGAAAACAGAUUCCUCUACAAAUUAUGCUCUGCGUCCAGAGUCGCUUCAAGAAGCUGUUUCUGGGGAUCUUGAAGCUGGAUUGAUUCCAUUCUUCUUAUGUGGCACUGUUGGAACAACUUCUUCAACAGCAGUUGAUCCACUAGCUGAACUGGGAAAGAUCGCAAAGAGCAAUGAGAUGUGGUUUCACGUGGAUGCAGCGUACGCUGGAAGUGCUUGUAUAUGUCCAGAGUAUAGGCAGUACAUUGACGGAGUAGAAACUGCAGACUCAUUUAACAUGAAUGCUCAUAAAUGGUUCCUCACCAACUUCGAUUGUUCCCUUCUUUGGGUGAAGGAUCGGUAUGCUCUCACUGAAGCUCUUUCAACAAAUCCAGAGUUUCUCAAAAACAAGGCUUCUCAAGCAAACUUGGUUGUUGACUACAAAGAUUGGCAAAUCCCUCUCGGAAGAAGAUUCAGAUCAUUGAAACUAUGGAUGGUUUUAAGGCUGUAUGGAGCUGAGACCUUGAAGAGCUAUAUAAGAAACCAUAUCAAACUGGCCAAAGAUCUCGAACAGCUUGUCUCUCAAGAUCCUAACUUUGAGGUUGUGACUCCUAGGAUCUUUUCUCUGGUCUGUUUCCGUAUAGCAGCUGUUGAUAACGAUGAAAAAACAUGCAACAACCUAAACCGCAGCCUCCUAGACGCAGUGAACUCUUCGGGGAAACUCUUCAUUUCUCACACUACCUUGUCUGGAAAAUUCGUACUACGUUUGGCCAUAGGAGCACCACUGACGGAGGAGAAGCACGUGAUGGACGCAUGGAAGGUUAUCCAGGAAGAAGCAUCUUUCUUGCUUGCUUCUCAAGUAAAAUAAGUUCAAAAAAAACUUUAUGAGAAAACCUCCGGUUCUUGCAAACAAACCGAAGCACACUAGUUUGGUGUGUUAUAAUUUGAUUUGAUAUCAUAUAAAAUCAUAUACCUUAUCCAAUGCCGGACUCGUAAUUUGUAAGCAAGUUUGUAUAUUUUGUUUGAUUAUUUUUUUAUAAGAGGUAAAUAUAUAUAUAU